AUGAGGACAAGCAAGCUUCCCAUAGAGGAGCAUGGAGAGGACCAAGCGACGGGUAUGGACUGCGACAAAACCCAGACGACAGCACGGACAGGCAGCUGCACCAUGUGCCCAGAUGCAAUGUGGCACAGCACCAGCCGCCAGCACCAGGCGCAAAGGCCCCAGAACGGCAGCAGCAUCGCCAGGACGACAUUGGCGCCCUUCACGGGCUUCACGGGCAAAUACCAACACAGAGUGCUGCUUCUGACGACAUGGCUUCGCAGCAAGUGCGUCAAGGUGAGGGUCACCCAGGGCAAGUUCCUUCUGGCCAAAAGCUUGCAGAGUCUUCUGACAGAAGCAAUGGUGUCCAAGGUGAUGCAAGUGUUGACCCUCUUUUGGAAGAGGAAGCAGAAUCCUGACUGGAUGACCUCACCAAGAGAUGUCUUGCGAAAACAUGUUGCUCAAAUACAAGGUAGUUCUCACACGGCGUUGAGAUUGAAACACACCGUGGAAGCAUUAGUUCUGCUGUGUGCAGAAGACUAUGAGACGAAGAACAAAAACAAGAUGGACGAAAAGGACAAACAGAGAAUGUGGGACGAUUACAAGGCCAGGGCUUUGCUUCAGACCCCUCAGCAGCCCCGCAUUGUCCCUUAUAAAGGCUAUGAUGCUCAGACUGCUGAAACUCCACGGCAACGCCGUGUAGUGAAACUUCCCAAAGCCAGCGAGCGAUCGCAGCCGCCCUUCACCGCACGUAGCCGUGGGCCCAUAGGACGCUUGAUCCUACUGGAUCAAGGACAGUUGUCACCUCGAGGCAAAUAUUUGCAGGUGUGUACCCAACACGGGAUUCGGCCUGCUUUGGAACCACUCCUCGCAGGUCAAUCCUCAAAUCUGGUGAUGGUGAACCAGAAUUUAUCGGAUCAUGAUGUCCUAGCACUGCUUCCUGUGAUCGAAGAGACUCAAACCUUAAACUCCGUGGACUUCUCCAAGAACCCCAACCUGACAGAUCGCGCCAUCAUCCCAUUGUUUCGUGCGAUCAGCUCAUCUGCCGUGACCCUGCGGCACUUGCUGCUGCAGAGCGUUUCUAUGGGACCUUCUGCUCAGCAAAUCCUGGCAGAAUUGCUAAUGAGCCAUGCUGGCUUCGUGAAGCUCAUCACAUUGAAUCUCAGCGAGGUUUCUCUUCAACGGAAAGGUUUCCUGUCCAUAGCACAGUCCAUUGCGCAGCACCGUGGAUUGACAGAUCUGAACCUCUCCAACGCAGGCCUGGUGCCCUGUGGGCCUGAUGGAAAGAACUGUUUGGGAUUGCUGAUGCAAUGCGCGCAGCUGAAAAAGUUGGACUUAUCAUGGAAUUGCCUGGACACGUCAGCCUUAAUGCAACUGGGCCAAGCGUUGUCCUCGCGCCGGGCCUUGCAACAUUUGAACCUGGCUGCGGCGGCAAGGAGGUCGUCGACGGAUCGAGAUUUGCCCAUUGAGCAUUUUUUGGAACUGCUGUCCAUGAACCGCGCACUGAAGGAAUUGGACAUCUCUAUGAAUCAUAUGGACUACCGCGCCGCGCUGAUUCUGGAAGAUGCUCUGGAGCGAACGUGCAUACGCAGUUUGCGCUUGAUCGAUAAUCCGCUGGGACAGACUGGGCUGCGCAGUAUCUUGCGACUUCUUUGUGGGAAGGAGUCGGGACUCUGUUUCCUUCGAAUGAGUGGCUGCUAUCGUGGAGCCGUUGGCACCAGAGAAUUGAAGAUUUUCAACUACGUGAACCCUAGUGGUCGCUACGACCUGGACCUCAGCAGCCCUUAUGACCGAAGUCUGCUGCGGAUGCUGUACAAGAAAUGCGACAUGAUAGGUGCCUUCAAAAACUUUGACAAAGACGACUCUGGCUCCAUCAGCCGAGAUGAGCUGGCGGAGGUGCUGCUGGCCUUACCCAGUGGCAAUCCCUGGACCAAUGAGGACAUCGAUCAGCUGCUGGCGCAGGCGGAUGCCUCCGGCGACGGAGAGCUGCAGGUGCAGGAGUUCCUGAAGUGGAUUUUCGCGGAGAACAAGGACAUCUCCAAAGGACUGCAGGGGAAGUACAUGUUGAGCGUUUCAGGUUGCUCCCGGACGCAGUUCAAUGGGGAUUACAUCCAAGAAGAAGGAGAGUUCUACUACAGGCGGCCAGUCUUCCAUUGCUUGCAGAACAAGAUGUAUCUCUUCUACCACGGGAAGAGGGGCCAAUGGCAAAUCUAUCGUCGCACGGGCACCAAGACCAGCUGUCGGCUGAAGACGCCGCGGACGGCGCACAUGCCCGGAGAAGGGGUGACCUGGGGCGUUUGGAAGAAGAGCAAGAACGGUAAAAAGACCUUUGUGGAGGAGCCCAAAAUGACCUGCACAGCGAAGUCGGAGAUGAGUUUGGAUGAGCACUUGGUGAAUGCUGAGGAUUGUGUGAAAUUUGAUGAGCUCUACUUCAAGAAGAUUGACAAAGUGCUUGGCGAUCGUGCAGUGUACCAACACUCCAAGGGCGAAGGCAAGUGGGGCGAGACCUACCUCUUUUAUGAGGCACCACAGAGCAGGUGGAAACGUGGAAAUGACGCGAAGUUGGGCCAUCCGUCCCUGAACGUCUCCAGGAUUACUGAAGUGGCUUCACCGCAACUGGCCCUCUGGAUGGAUGAGACCAAUGGUGGUAAGAUCGAUGUGGUUGCUGUGGACACCGACGGGGUUCCCAAUACCAUGGGCAGCGGCUUGCGCUUUGACCCAAGCGUCCCCGACGGCUGGAAAGACAAAGACUUCCCGCACGACAACAGCUCCAUCGGGAAACGCCUCCCCUCUCUCUUCGGGGAGCCCCGUUGGUUACGCGCCCGGGCCCUGCACCCGUCCCCGGUGCUCUUCGCUGACGUGGAACCCGCGGAUGCCUGUCAGGGCCACGUCGGGAACUGCUGGCUGAUCGCCGCGCUCUCGGCGCUCGCGGAGUUUCCAUCGUUCUUUAAAAACAAGAUCUUCAUCACCAAAAAGGUCUCCGAAAGCGGCAAAUAUCAGAUCAAACUCUACGAUGGUCGGAAACUUCGCUGGACCAUCAUUGAAAUUGAUGACUAUUUGCCUUGCACAUCCUGGGGUGGUAUGACGCCUCAGCUAAUCUUUAGCAAGAUCCAGGAGGGGAAGUUGUGUAUGGCAUUGCUCGAAAAGGCCUUUGCCAAACUCUACGGUAGCUACUCUGCUCUGACUGCUGGCUUCCAACCAGUGGCCUGGCAUCAUCUCACCGGCUGCGACGAGUUCUUCCGCUACAAAUCCAGCUACAAAGUGGCCGUGCGCUGGGUGGUGGACACGGAGGGCCUGCCGGUCUACUCAGACAAAAAGCGGAGCAAAAAGUUGGGCAUCUUGGCGCCAGGUUCCCUCUUCCACGAGAAGCAGCGCAUUGGAGCAUGGAUCCAGUUCAAGAAAGCCUCCGGAACAGGUCCUGAGGAGGGGUGGCUCUCCUAUUACAGCAACGGCCGGCGCGUCGCCAAGCGCAAUCUGGAGGAUGGCGCUCUGAGAUUCACGGAACUGCGCGUGAAAAUUGACCCCCAUCAGGUCAUGGAAGCAGUUAAAGGAGAUAUCGGAAAGGAAGGAAAAGGGAGCGACAAGGUCUUCAAAUACUAUUUCAACAAGUUCCUCUAUCCGGAGGAGUUCUGGAAACAAAUCGUGGAGUACGACAAGGGGAAUUAUCUCAUGGCAUCUAGCGCCACGCGUUGCAAACGUGAAGUGGAUUGCGGCAUGGUCCACGGUCACGCCUACAGCCUGCUGCACGCCGUAGAGGUGGACGGCGUGCGGCUCAUCGCCUGCCGCAACCCCUGGGGCAGCGACUCGGAGUGGAACGGACCCUGGAGCGAUCGCAGUGAAGAGUGGAAGGCCAACCCGACCAUUGCGAAAGCUUUGAAGGUCGAUUUCCAGACGGAAGGCACUUUCUGGAUGGAUUGGGAGGACUGGCAGUUCAUCAUGGGUCAGGUGAAUGUCAUGAACUACCAAAUGCCUUCCACACGCGGUGACUUCUACAAGCAGCUGGAAGAUGGAGGGCCGGAUGCCCCAGAGGAUCAAGACGAUCCGGAGCCUGCAAUUGUCGAUACGGAUCUGAUCCAUGACCAUGAUGAGGACGACGCUCCCGACGAUUCGUCGGGUGGUGAACUAUUGGGUUGCAGCGGUUUGGGCACGUGGAACGCCCCAGCACUUCUGAAGGAUGGCUGCUUGAUGGAUCCAGGUGAGAGCACCACGACCUUCCAAAAUGUUCCGUCGGACAUUCGCGGCAAGACCUUCUUCAGCCUUAAGAGCUCAACAGCAGAGUCGGGCAUGUGGACCAUUGAGUACCUCCCACCCACUAAGAUCUAUGUAUGGCUGAUGAAGGGCAAGACCGGGAUGUUGCCGUUGGAUGAGAUGUUACCCAAGCGUGGAUGGGACCAGGAGCCUGCAGAUGGCUUUCAAAGCAGUGAUGGAAAGGAACUCCUACUCUUCAGCAAGUGGUUUUCGGAGGAUGAGAAGUACUACAUGCUGCACACCAGUGACCCCAUUGUAGGGGGUGUACUUGGCACUUAUCCUUUGCCAAAGGCACCAAAACCAGAGACCCAUCGCAGCAACAGCUGGGUGACCAAGUGCAGUGGCCUGGGAGUUGAGUGGAACGAGCCACAGAAGAUGGCCGAAGGACUCCAAACCAAUCCAGGCGAGCAAGAGACCUUCAAGAACGUGCCGGAACUCCUGCUAAAUGGCUCAUACAUUGGCAGCAAGUCCUGUCCCAAGGCAGGAGAGUGGCAAAUUGAGUAUCAGGCUCCCUGCAAACUGUACGUGUGGGCAACCGCCAAUACCGGCAUGGAUGAGCUGAACGCUGGAUGGGCCGUGGAGAAGGCCGAGGGCUUCCAGCGCAGCGAUGGCCAAGGGCUGAAGCUUUGGAGCAAACACUUCGCCAAAGGAUCUUCCUACUGCAUCAAGCUGUCUGGCGAUGGCAUGGCGGGAGUGGUUGGGACACAGCUGGGAGUUGGAGGGAAAGUCACCAAGUGCUCCGGGCUGGAGAUCGACUGGAACGCUCCGCAGACCAUCACUGAAGGCACCCUCACCAAUCCAGGAGAUCGUGAUUAUGUCUUCGAGAACGUCCCGGCGAUCCUGGCGGGAGGUCUUUACAUCGGCAGCCGCACGUGGCCCAAGGCCGGAGUUUGGACCAUUGAGUAUGAAGCCCCUGCCAUGCUCUACAUCUGGAUCGAAACCUACAAGUACGACGCUGGUGUCAGCGAGUUUCUCCAGAAAGACGGUUGGACAUGCGAAGAAGCGGAGAACUUCCAACGGAGACAAGAGAAAGGUGUCAACCCACUGGCUUUGUAUAGUCGACACUUCGCCACUGGUACCUCCUAUAGCAUCACCACCAAUGACCUCAUGGUGGGCGGGGAUUCACCCAGCAGAGCUUUUGCGGAGAUAAGCUACAAAGGAGCCUUCCAUCAUGCAGAGAAACGAGAAGGCAGAUAUCAGGUGCCGGAGUCAGGACGCUUGAGCUUCACAUUUUCAUGUGACUGGCGCUUCAAUGAUGACUUCUGGAACUUUGGCCGUGCAAUUCAUCUGAAUUGGACAUCACAUCGCUUUUCUCCCAGCAUCCACAAGACGGCGGAGCUGCUACACCAGUGGCACAUGGCUGAUGACGACACUGAGACGCAGAAUGCCAUCCUGGAGGUCCUGAGCAAAGACUUCGUGGUGUCGUCGGCCUUGCUGCAGCAGAUGUGCGCCAAAGAGCCCGAGCUGCUGCACACGGUGCUGAACAAACUGCUCCACUGUGUCAGUGGCGGCAGACCGUCACAGUACUUGGCUAUGCA